AUGGAAUAUUUAACGGAGACAGCUGUCGUGUUUUCAACGAUUAUUGUAGUUUUUGCACCAGCAUUGGUAGCUGGAUCUGUAUCUAAUGAAGUGGAUAAAAUAAAAGUUAUAUUUCAUAACAUGCUUCUAGAAGAAACAGGUUUGUAUAUUAUUCUCCUAAUUUACUAUCCUGAACAAGAGCAAGAAAUUCAAAAAGUAAUCAAAUACAUAGACGCUCGUCCAUUUAAAUUCAGUGUUCUUGGAAUCAUUCCAAUGGACGCCAACUUCCCAAUGAUCGUUGUUAAUUUAAGCAUUACUUACAUCAUUGUUGUAUUACAAUUCACGCACUUGUAUUAA